CCGGACGCCUGGGUCCCUUCCUAUGGCAGGUGGAUGCCCUGGACACCUGUAUCACUUCCCAGUGGGGAUGAAGGUCCUGGACGCCUGGGUCCCUUUCCGGUGGGGGGUUGGAGGCCCCGGAUGCCUGGGUCCCUUCCCAGGGUGGGUUGAAGGCCCUGGACGCCUGGGUCCCUUCCCAGGGGGGUUGAAGGUCCCGGACGCCUGGGUCCCUUCCAGGGCGGGUUGGAGGCCCCGGACGCCUGGGUCCCUUCCCAGGGUGGGUUGGAGGCCCCGGACGCCUGGGUCCCUUCCCGGGGGGGUUGAAGGUCCCGGACGCCUGGGUCCCUUCCCAGGUGGGGAAACGAAGGUCAUGGGUGGCCGCCGUCACCUGUGUCCCCUCCCAGGGAUGGCCGCACCCCCAUCCCCCCACUCCCCCCCAGCUAUAACCGCAGCGCUGCCGGCGCGGCCGGGCGGGCGAUGGCGGCGCUGGUGACGGUGACGGUGGUGGCGGCGCUGGCGGCGCUGGGGGGCGCGGGGGCCCAGUGCCCGUCGGCCUCGUCGCUGUCCCCCCCGGACGGCCCCCGCCUGUGCGCGCGGCUCUACGCCGACGACAGCCCCUACUACGACCGGUGCUGCGCGGGGGCCGUGCUGGAGGUGUCCCCCGGCGACGACUUCCCCUACAUGCCCCUGGGCUGGGCCGACCGCGUGUCCUCGCUGGUGGUGGGGACGCGGUGCCAACUCACCGUCUGGUCGCGCGCCGGCAAGAACGGCAAGAGCCACAGGUUCAGCGCCGGGGCGGUGCCGCGGCUGCAGGAGGUGAAGAAGGGGCUGGUCGGCGACUGGAACAACGCCAUCAGCGGGUACUACUGCGAGUGUAAGUGAGGAGGGGGCGCCGGGGGGUCAUGGGGGUGCCAGCGGUCAAUGUGGGGCGAGAGCGGUCAAUGGGAGUCAACAUGAGUCAACACGAGUCAAUGGGAGUCAACAGAAGUCAAUGCGGGUCAGCACGAGUCAACGUGGGUCAAUGGGAGCCAACAUGAGUCAACACGGGUCAACGUGGGUCAACACGAGUCAAUGUGUGUCAACAUGGGUCAAUACGAGUCAACGUGGGUCAAUGGGAGUCAACACGAGCCAACGUGGGUCAAUGGGAGUCAACACAAGUCAACGUGGGUCAACACGAGUCAAUGUGUGUCAAUGGGAGUCAACACGAGUCAACGUGGGUCAAUGGGAGUCAACACGAGCCAACGUGGGUCAAUGGGAGUCAACACGAGCCAACGUGGGUCAAUGGGAGUCAACACGAGUCAACGUGAGUCAACACGAGUCAACGUUGGUCAAUGGGAGUCAACACGAGUCCACGUGGGUCAAGACUGGUCAACGUUGGUCAAUGUGGGUCAAGAUGGGUCAAGACUGGUCAACGUGAGUCAAGACUGGUCAACGUGAGUCAAGACUGGUCAACGUGGGUCAAGACGGGUCAACGUGGGUCAAGACGGGUCAACGUGGGUCAAGACUGGUCAACGUGGGUCAAGACUGGUCAACGUGAGCCAUCACCGGUUGACACGAGUGAACGUUGACCCAGACAUAUCAAUGCGAGUCACCGUUGGCCAAGACAAGUCAACGUGACCCCCCCAGAUCCCUGUGACCCCCCCGGCUCUCUCCAUGACGCCCCCUACAGCCCUGUGACCCCCCUAGAUCCCCGUGACCCCCCAGCUCUCUCCAUGACCCCCCCUUGAUCUCCAUGACCCCCCACAGAUCCUCAUGACCCCCCCAGGUCCCAGCCAAUAAAGCCUGGAGGCCGCA